AUGGCCCGCACGAUUGACUAUCAAGGUGCGCUGAGGUCAAUUGCCGUCGACCGAUCCAUGCCUGUCAAGCCACCCAUCCUUCCGGAGGGGAAUCUUCCUCCCGGAGUCUCCAACCGAAGGACCCAGGGAGUCGGCGGAAUUAGCAACAGCCGGUCCCACGCCAACACCACCGGUGGCGACCACGGAGCCUGUAGGAGCAUUCAACCUGGCUACGGCUCUGUUCGCGUCGGCUGGGCCGGCGUGGCUGAGAUGGAGGCUGCACUUCACACGCAGUCCCUCGGCAAGGGGAUCCCGCACACCAAGGGCAAGAUCGGACCCUCGGGAGUGGGAGACUUCGUCGUCAGGCAAACGCUCGAGGGAUAUCAGGGAGCCGACAUUGCCCAGGUGGAAACGUCCUCAGGGCGGAGAGCAAGAUGA